AUUCCUUGAGAUUUCGUGCAGGUGACAAGAUGUUUCGUAUUCGUGAAUCAGACAUUGAGCAAGCUCUCAGUAAUUCCCUGCUUCAUGGCGACAUGAACAGGGUAUGGGAUAUUUCGCAGAAGGGGCAGAAGUUAACAGCCACUGUGGAUCCGGUGCUGCUGCAGCGCGAGAAGGAUCGUGCUAGUCGUGCACAACUCAACUCCGCCAAUGGGGACACCGUGGAGAUUCACGAUCAAUUCUAUCGUGAUCACAAACUCCUCCUUGUGCUCUUUCGUGUCAUGGCAGUCAUGCCAAUUACCCGAUCACAACCCGGAAGGAUCACAUUCAGCUGGACAAGUACAGCCACCUUCUAUGCAAUCUUCUUCUACAUUGUCACCACGGUUAUCGUGCUCGUUGUUGGCUAUGAACGCAUUCAAAUCCUCCAGACAACAAAGAAAUUCGAUGAUUACAUCUACGCCAUUAUCUUUGUAAUCUUCCUCGUGCCACACUUUUGGAUUCCUUUCGUGGGAUGGGGUGUUGCAAAGCAUGUUGCUGUGUACAAGACAAUGUGGGGAACAUUCCAGCUACGUUACUACCGUGUAACAGGAGAGAAUUUGCAAUUUCCCCGCCUCAAGAUGCUCAUUGUGAUCAUAUCGAUUGGAUGUCUUCUCCUUGCAAUUGUUUUCUUGCUUUCUCUGAGCGCCCUCAUGGAGGGAUUUGCUCUGUGGCACACCUCUGCGUAUUAUCACAUUGUUACCAUGAUCAAUAUGAAUUGUGCUCUGUGGUACAUCAACUGCAGGGGAAUUUUGGAAGCUUCAAGUAGCCUUGCAAAGUGCUUCCAUCGAGAUGUUCGUAUUGAAUGCAAUUCAAAUCUUAUCUCAACCUAUCGCUUCUUGUGGCUCAAUCUCAGUGAAUUACUUCAAACACUGGGCAAUGCCUAUGCUAGGACCUACUCCACGUAUUGCCUCUUUAUGUUUGUCAACAUAACUAUUGCAAUCUACGGCGCUCUUUCAGAAGUUCUAGAUCACGGCUUCAAUUUCUCCUUCAAGGAAUUCGGAUUAAUUGUUGAUGCAACAUAUUGCUCUGCGCUGCUCUUCAUCUUUGCCGAUUGCUCACACAAAUCCACCCUGCAAGUGGCUCAAGGUGUUCAGGAUACCUUAUUGGAAAUUAAUUUGUUGAACGUGGACCAACCCACUCAGCGUGAGAUUGAUUUAUUCAUUCAGGCCAUUGAAAUGAAUCCCGCCGUGGUGAGCCUCAAAGGGUAUGCCAAUGUCAACCGUGAGCUCUUGACUUCGUCCAUCGCUACGAUAGCCAUCUACCUGCUUGUUCUGCUGCAAUUUAAAAUAUCCCUCAUACAGCAAGCGGCUUUCGCCUCCGUGGCCAGUGGCAAAGUCAUCGCUCAUUAACCACCCUAAGCUACCACCCACCCUCACUCUACUUGCUGUGGAGUCAGUGAACGACGCCGUUGCCAGCACACGCGUGUUGCAUAAAAUAUGUAUUCUAUAUAACUUGUUUAUCCCACACACCACUAAACAUGGAAUUUAUUUCACUUUGAGGGACAAUAUUAUAUAGUAUCAAUGUACAAUCACUUUUAUCGAUAUUUAGAGCUUCAUGCAAUUAAGAACAAAAAAAUAAAAUAAAUUGAUUGAUAUAGUUUACAGAGA